AUUUUUCAAGCAGACCUGAGCAUCACCGCGGGCUGGGAGGGUGGGGGGCCCCGCGGCGCUGCCAGACCGACCCCUGCCCAUCGCUCUUAAGGAACUCUCAUGGCUUCACGGCUGCAGACAAGUUGCCGCGCAUCGUGGUGGACUAUCGGAGUUUGCAUCCUGGCAGCCGCGCUCCUACCAGGGCUGCAAGCUCAGAGCGUCUUGGUCAAUGACUCCGUCUCGGGGUUCAUCGGCACGGACGUGGUGCUGCACUGCAGCUUCACCAACCCGCUGCCCAACGUGAAGAUCACGCAGGUGACGUGGCAGAAGGCCACCAACGGCACCAAGCAGAAUGUGGCCAUCUACAACCCCGCCAUGGGCGUGUCCAUCCUGUCCCCCUACAAGGAGAGGGUGACUUUCCGCAACCCUUCCUUCAAGGAUGGCACCAUCCAGCUGUCCCGGCUGGAGCUGGAGGAUGAGGGGGUUUACAUCUGUGAGUUUGCCACGUUCCCAACCGGCAACAGGGAAGGGCAGCUGAACCUCACCGUGCUGGCCAAGCCCACGAACUGGAUGGAGGGCACCAAGAGGCCACUAAUAGCCAAGUCUGGCAGGACAGAAAAGAUCUUGGUAGCCACCUGCACCUCCUCCAACGGGAAACCCCCCAGCACGGUCAGCUGGGACACGAAGCUGAAAGGGGAGGCAGAAUUCCAGGAGAUCCGGAACAGCAACGGCACCGUGACGGUGAUCAGCCGGUACCGCCUGGUGCCGAGCCGCGAGGCGCACCGCCAGCAGCUCGUCUGCGUGGUCAACUACCAGCUGGAGAGGUUCACCGACAGCAUCACCCUCAACGUGCAGUAUGAGCCAGAAGUCACCAUCGAGGGCUUUGAUGGCAACUGGUUCCUGAACCGCAAGGACGUGAAGCUGAUCUGCAAAUCUGAUGCCAACCCCCCAGCUCACACCUACGAGUGGAAGCUGCCAAACGGGACCCUGCCAGGGAGCGUGGAAAUCCAGAACAACACCCUCUACUUCAAAGGGCCCGUGUCCUACAGCGUGGCCGGCACCUACGUCUGCGAGGCCACCAACGCCAUCGGGACACGCUCGGGCCUGGUGGAAGUCAAUGUCACAGAAUUUCCCUACACCCCGUCUCCAAUCGAUGAUCACAAAUCCAUGGUGCAGCCGAACAUCCCCACACCGGUGAUUGGGGGCAUAGUGGGCGGCGUCUCGCUGGUCCUGCUGGUGGCCGUGGUGCUCUUUGUGGUGCUGCGGCGCCGGCGUCACACCUUCAAGGGUGACUACAGCACCAAGAAACACGUGUACGGCAACGGCUACAGCAAGGCCGGCAUCCCGCAGCACCACCCGCCCAUGGCACAGAACCUCCAGUACCCCGACGACUCGGACGACGAGAAGAAGCCGGGCCCCUUGGGCGGCAACACCUACGAGGAUGAGGAUGAGGAUGCGGGAGGAGAGCGCAAGCUGGGCGGCCCCAAAGCCUACGAGGAGGACGCCAAGAGGCCUUACUUCACCGUGGACGAGGGCGAGGCCCACCCCGAACCUUACGACGAGAGGACACUCGGCUUCCAGUACGACCCCGAGCAGCUCGACCUGGCCGACAACAUGGUGUCGCAGAACGACGGGUCUUUUAUUUCCAAAAAGGAGUGGUACGUGUAGCUCCACGCCCCCCUCUGCUACACCCACGCACACCCUCACACACACGCGCGUGAACCCCACGCGCUCACGAGCGAUGCCCUCCCUCCCCUGCGUCCCUCCCGGCACCCCCGGCCGCCCCGCACGGACUCUUCGGAUGCUCCCAGCAGGAACGGGGCUGGGGCUGAGCAGGGAGGGGGGGCGGCUUUGCUUACCCAUCAUUUUUUUUGGGGCGGGGGGUUGGGGCGGGGCUCGUGCGGGAGGGCGGGAGGUCGGGUAAUUAUUUUCUCUCGGUUUUGGUUUUGGCUUUUUUAAUUUCUCUCUUCGACGACUUUCGUCCCCUUCUGUGGUGUUUGUAUUGGUCGGUGGCUUAGGUGUUCCUCUUUGCUUUAACGACUGUUGCCCAGCCUGUAUAUUACACUCUGUUUGUGUCUUCAUGUCUCGGAGUGCCCUUCCCUCCCCGAGGCUUCCUCCUCCCACUCCCACCCCCCUGAAACACUGGAAAUUUGUUUGUGUGUUGUCUUCUUUGUUUGUUUUUUAACCUUGGGAGGUGGGCUGUGAGGCCAGGAGAGUUUUAUGGCAAUGGAAACAUAGGUGCCAUUAUCAGGUGAAUGGAUUUUGGGUUUUUGUUCCCCUAAUCGCCUUUUUUUUGUUGUUUUUUUUUUUGUGGGGUCUGGGUGACAUUCCCAUUGCCUGCUGCACACCUGGAGAGAACCACACCCAGUUUUUAAUGACUCAAUGAAAUGAAAAUGAGGAGAAAAGGGGGAGAAAAAAAAAGCCCUAGACCAAACCGCAGGUGCAGGGGCUGAUAGCAGAGCAGGGAAACAAACCUGCCAUUUUCCUCCUACAAUUUAUUAUUGCCUGGCUUUUCAUUUUUCUGUCUUUGUUUUGAGUGUUCUUUUAAAUGAAAGACAAGGAGUAUUUAUUGCUGACAUUUUCCCCCCCGUGAUGGCUCAGAGAAAGGCUGGCUGUUUUUGUUCUUGUUGCUGUUGUUGUUGCUGGUGCCAGCCACAGAACAGUUCACUGGGGCACGACUGUGCCGGGCACAUCCACUGGGGAAGGGACCAACCGAGGACACUUUGCUUCCACACAUUCACUGCCUUCAGCUCUGCCCUGCACACCCAGGCAGGGCAGCACCAGCCCCUGAGUUUUAUUUUAUUAUACCACUAAGACUUAAUUGUCAUGUGUUUACACUUUAUUUUUUAUUCUGGUCAGAGCACGGGGGUGCUUCUCUCUCUCUCUUUCUCUCUCCUAGCAACAACCCCAGCCUGUGGCUGCACCACGUAGCUGGCAUUGAUUGCCACUUUUCCAAUAUCACAUCCCUCUCCUGAGCUCAGGCUUGGCAGACAGGGUAGGAGGGAUUGAGCCUGGGGUAUUGAUCUCGCCCUCCUUGCCUUCAGCCAGGCCUUGUGCUGGGGGCUGGAUUGCUGCUAUCUCUGCUCUGUGAAUAAAUGGGAUUCCAGACUUCAGGGCCCUCUGUCUCACACCGACCAUCUCCAAAUUAGAUUCACGGGGUUGGGGCUUAUUUUUCUUCUUGUGGGUUAUAUUUUUUUUUCUUUUUUUUUUUUUUUUCUUUUUUUUAAUUUGAUGUAUAAAUAAAUCUUUUGUUCGAAAAGAAAUCCCCAGUUUUCUGAGCUGUAUUAUCAUGGACAUCUAAAAAUAGCAGGACUAAUUCUCCUCCUGCCUUACCCGCUGGGUUUUGUUCCACAGCGGUUAUCCUGCUGCAGAAAGGGAGGAGGAGGGUGGGGAGGCAGACCCACAGGGAUGAGGAGAGCUCGGAUCUCUGCUCCAGGCAGCCUCCAGAGCUUUCCUUUCCUUCAGGUGCUCAGUGCAGACCCCAGGGAGCUCAGCCUGGGCCACCCCAGAGCGCUCUGAUUGCAUUAGUGGGGCAGGGCAGUGGGCAAUCCAAUUGUAGGGCUGUAAUCAUCUCUCUGCUGUUCCUGCCAGCCCCUCAGGCUUCCUGGCUUCUGGCACCACAGCCACAGGCCACAGGAAGGCUGCUCUGUGUCCUCUCAGAGCCAGGCAGGCAGAGAUUCCCUCGGGAUCCCUCAGGCUGAACCGCCCCAGCUCCGUCCACGGCCACCAGGAGCACCCUGCUGGCAAGAAAGCCCCCCAAAAAUGAAAUAAAACCUCUCAGUGUCUCUCCAGAUCUCUGGUUACUGAUGAUCAGGGGUGGGAAUGACUCCCCUGCAGUGCCUUGGGAGAGCAGCACACACAGGGCUCUGAUUCCCCCAGAGGGAGAGGCUGUGGUCCGGAUCAGGGCAGAGCCUGCAGGGUGAGGGGUGCAGGGAGGGUCCCCAGCAGAGUCCAGGGAAUCUCUCCAGGGAAUGAUCCUGGAGAUCUGAAACGGGAUGGAGGCAGUGCCUCCAGCACCAAACUCUGAGCAGGCACCCAGGGACAUCAGUGCCACUGACCCUGCCCUGCAGAUCUCCCCCAGCACGGCUGCACCCUGUGAGGAGCUGGCUUGGGAAGGAAACAAUCAUUUUAUAAAACAAUUUAUAAAAUCUGCAGGGUCCUCCAGCAGUGAUUCUUCAUGUUCAGGCAGAGGCCACUGCUCAGGUCUGGCAAAUUCCCAGCACACUGACCCCACAGCUCUGUCCUAAAGAGCAAAGCCUGGCAGAGGGGCAGGAGGGAGAGAUCAGGGCUGUGUGGCUGUUCCCAGGUUCAGGGGUGCCCAAAGGAACCCAGGAAAUCUGCUUUGGGAGUUAUUAGUUUGCCUUUGAAGGAGUAAUUUUUGGAGCUGCAGCCUCCUUGGCUUAUUCCUUGCUCAUUUACACACUGUCCACUGAGCGAGGGCUCCAAAACCCAGCGGGAGCCAGGGAAAGGAGAGAGGGGAGCAAUGUGGAAUUUCCAAGCUAGAACCUGUGCACAGCUCCCUUCCUGCUGCAGCACUUUUUCCUGCCCUUUCUGCACCAGCCCGAAUUUAGGACUUAGCUCAGGCACUUACCUCCUCAGAGUGGUUCAGAAAAGGGGUCAAAUGAUCAUUUUUCAUCCAAAACCUUGAGUGGAAGAUCCUUGGGCAGCAAUGCCUGGCACAGCAGUGAGGCACCCUGCGAGUUCAGGGUUCAGUGCUGCCUUUCUCUCAUCCCUGAGCUCUUCAGCACUGCUCCCCUGGUGCAAUUAUCACCACAGCCACGGAGAAAUGCCACCUCUGUGCUGUCAUUUGCUUCUUGCUGUCCCUUGCAAGGUCAGCUGGACGGCCAAGACACUCUUGGGGUGGUAAUUAGCCAAGUGAUUAGCCAUUAAUCCACAGCCAGGUGGAAGAAAAAAGAAGUGUGGGGGAAGAAAAUCAGAUUGAUGCUUCAUCUGAGAGCUGUUUUGGUCCAGUAAUAGCAUCACUGCCUUCUCUGGGCUAAAUUGCUCUGAGGGGGCCCUUGAAGGGAAUUAAAUGAGUUUUUCCACCAUCAGCAAGCAGAAGUUGAUACCUGUCCCUACCUGAGGGCAGGGCUGAGCUCAGGAGAGAGGCCAGAGUGAAGGACCACGUGCUCCUGGGGGCUUCUGCAGGCAGGGAAGGUGCUGGGAGUGUGCAGGGCUCAGCAGCAGGGCCAGCCUGGGCGGUUCUGUGCUCUGGGGUGCUGUCCCUGCUCCUUCUGUGCCCCCAUUGCCCACCUGCAGUGGGCAGGUCCUGGCAGUGCCACACAUGAGCUCAGGGCCACCUCUCUGCGACCCCCAAGUGAAAAACCCCCUGGUUCUCCACCCCCCCUUCCAUCAGAGGUGCUAAGGAGGUGGAAAAUGCCCCCGUGAGACCUGGCAAAGAGCGAGCUGGAGCUCCCAGCUGGGAGAGAGAGGCUGUCCACGGGCCUCAUCCCCUCCACCUCGGUGCUAGGGAGCAUUUCUCCAGGAAAUGCCCCAUUUCACACCAGUCCCGGACUGGUGUGGCCCCCCUGACCCAGCCAGGGCUGGGUUUGUGCCUGGGGCUGGGUGCCAGUGCCUCAUCACGCCCCUGGCAGGGGUCUGUCCAGGAGGGCUCCCUGCCCUGGGCUUUGCCAGGGACACCAGCGUGGUGCUUUUCCUUUCCCAAGCCCAAUCCCGGAUGGCAAAGCCCGUGGUACCUCAGGGGAAGCUGAGCAGGCAGCAAGAGAGAGGUCAGUGACCCAAAAUUCAGGUGAAUUUGGGCCAAUCCCCCUUCUCCUUCCCGUGUGAAUUCAGGGAGCUGUGCAAGCCAACAGAUCCGUGUCACAGCCCACAACCAGCCUGUGCUUUAUGUUCAAAGACACCCCAGCUGUUUCCCUGCUGGGGCUUUUCUCUAGGAUUAUUCAUUGCCAUUCACCCCAGUGAGGUUAUUUUCCCAUAUUUAAUUACCAGGUUUGUUGUUGUUCUUCUCCCCUGUUAAAUCAUUUUCAUUCAAGCAGGGGAAAAAAAAAUUAAGAAAAAAAAAAAAAACCAACCUGAAGAUUUCCUCACGAAAUAAAUCAACGAGCUGAGAUGGUUGCACCAAAUUGAUUGCAAAGGCAUUGAGGGACAAAGGGAGCCAUUUUCCUGAUGUGGAGUCAAAAAGAAACACAACAACAGUUCAGCAAAAAUCACGGAGGGCUGGGGAGAGAGAGAUUCCAAAGACUGAUCUGGAGGCAGUCAGGGAGGGGAGUGUGAUUGGAACGGGGGCUGCUGCUCUGCUUGGCUCUUUCCCUUUGCACAAGCACACACACACCAAAUUUUGGGGCUUGGGUACCAGAUUGGACGGAGGGGAAAACCCCAGUGCCCUUGUGGGGGUCAGAGGUGUCAUUCCUGCUGCCUCGGGGCUUUCCCUGUGUGGAAAUGGGGGGAUCCCAGCUUGCCAGAGGGUUAAAAUCCACUUUUAACUUCCCCCAGCCUCUGCUGCUGUAGCACUGAGGUUUGGGGGACGGGGGCACUGCCAGCACGGCGUGGCUGCUGCUGUGCUGUGCUGAUGGGGUGUGGAGGAGCUCCUCACCCUCCCCACCCUGCACCCCUUCCAUCCUCUGCAUCCCCAGGGAAAUCUCCCCAUCCUGCACCCGUGCAUCUCCUGCAUCCCCAGGGAAUUCUGCCCACCCCGCAUCCCUCCAUCCCUGCAUCCCCAGGGAAAUUUCCCCAUCCUGCAUCCCCAGGGAAAUCUCCCCACCCUGCACCCCCUCCAUCCUUUCAUCCCCAGGGAAUUCUGCCCUCAGUUCCAGCCUUUCCUUGGCACGAGCAGGGGAAUCCCUGGGGCAGGGGAGGGUGUGGAGCUCGUGGGUCCUUCCCCAUCACCCCCAAACUCACCCCAGAUUGGGGACCGAGGGCUGGGGGAGGGCAGGGGCUCAGCCCAUCAGCACGGGAGGGAGCCGAGGCUCAGGGAGGAGGCUGAGCUGGGUUUGGGCUCAGGGAGGAGGCUGAGCUGGGUUUGGGUGCAGGGGGAGGCUGAGCUGGGUUUGUGUACAGGGGGAGGCUGAGCUGAGUUUGGGUGCAGGGGGAGGCUGAGCUGGGUUUGGGUGCAGGGGGAGGCUGAGCUGGGUUUGGGUGCAGGGGGAGGCUGAGCUGGGUUUGGGUGCAGGGGGAGGCUGAGCUGGGUUUGGGUGCAGGGGGAGGCUGAGCUGGGUUUGGGUGCAGGGGGAGGCUGAGCUGGGUUUGGGUGCAGGGGGAGGCUGAGCUGGGUUUGGGUGCAGGGGGAGGCUGAGCUGGGUUUGUGUACAGGGGGAGGCUGAGCUGGGUUUGGGCGCAGGGGGAGGCUGAGCUGGGUUUGGGUGCAGGGGGAGGCUGAGCUGGGUUUGGGUGCAGGGGGAGGCUGAGCUGGGUUUGGGCACAGGGGGAGGCUGAGCUGGGUUUGGGUGCAGGGGGAGGCUGAGCUGGGUUUGGGUACAGGGGAUUUCCCUCCUGUGAUUCCCUGGGGUGAAUGCAAGGAGCACACGGAGUCACAUCCUCUGCUGCAGGGGGUGCAGGGACUCUCACUGAGGAUCUGCAUUUUCUUUUCUUUGGCCUUUCUCUUUUUUUUUAACCAUGAUUCCUCAGCUCCAGUGAUUUUAUCUCUCUUUUUCUUCAUCCUCUGGCUGUAAUGAUCAUUGUGGAAUUAGAACUGCAGACAGACAACCAAACAACCCCAACC